GCUGUGUGUGCGCAUGCGCAGCCGUCCAGUAGCGGAAGCGCACAUUCUGCUGCACGCUUAAUGAAACGCCCUGAAAACGCACUGAAAAUGUGGAGAUUUGGGCCCAAAUUGCUGCUGCUGGUGCUGCUGGCCUUCCCGGCGACGCUUCUGGUCCGAAACCCGUUGGUGUCGGCCCAGGACCUGACUGAGGAUGAAGAGGCUGAACACAUGGAUGAAGACGUGGUUGAUGAUGUCACUGAUGAUGUCACAGCGGAUGAGGAAGAUGACGAGGCGGAAGUGGAGGAUGAUGAAAACGCAGAGCUGGCAGAAGACAAGGAAGAUGAGGAGGAAGAGGCUUUAGUCGGGGAGAUGAAGGCUUCUCCAAAUGCAGACACCACCAUCCUCUUCGUCAAAGGAGAAGAUUUUCCUGCCAACGACAUUGUGAAGUUUCUACUCGGUUUCACAAACAAAGGGACAGAAAAUUUCAUUGUGGAGUCUCUGGACGCAUCAUUCCGUUAUCCUCAGGAUUAUCAGUUCUUCAUUCAGAACUUCACGGCUCUUCAGUUGAACACGGUGGUCCCUCCGAGCCGUCAGGCCACAUUCGAGUACUCGUUUAUCCCCGCAGAGCCCAUGGGGGGGCGCCCUUUUGGUCUGGUGGUCAACCUCAACUACAAGGACAGCAACGGAAACGUGUUUCAGGACGCAGUGUUUAACCAAACUGUGACCAUCACCGAGAAGGAGGACGGACUCGACGGAGAGACGAUCUUCAUGUACGUGUUCCUGUCGGGUUUGGGGUUGUUGGUGGUCGUUGGGCUGCAUCAGCUGCUCGAGUCCAGAAAGAGGAGGCGUCCUGCUCCUAAAGUGGAAAUGGGAACGUCAACUCACAAUGAUGUUGACUUGAGCUGGAUCCCCCAAGAGACCCUCAACCAGAUCAACAAAGCUUCUCCAAGACGAUCACCGCGGAAACGAAACCAGAAGCGCUCAGCGGGCUCAGAUGAGUGACUCCGCCCCCCGCCACUGAGGACCACGCGGGCGCCAAAACCAAGCACUCCUCUCGAACUCUCGCCCGGUGCCAAGCAGAGAGGGGUGGGUUUGAUUUCACUGUGGGCGACGCUGUGGGCACUGAGGACUCACUCUCUGAACGCUGUGGGUCCACCGCUUACAUCACGUCCAGUUUUGAAUGUCUUUGCAUCUGUGUUUUGGUUUAAAUUCACCCCUGUGUAAGUUUGGUAA